AUGGCAGCCUCGUUGUUGCCUUCCCGGUCGUCUCCUGUGGCCGCGACGGCCUUGGUGAUGUUCCUGUCACUGCUGUUCCCUCAUUCCAUUCAUUCCUUUGUGCCACCGCACAGCAAUGCUGUUGUUCGCAGCAACAGUCGCCUGAACAUGCAAUUGGAUGGAGUUGUGGGAUGUGUGGUGGGAUACAGUGGCGGCAAGGCUCGCAAUCCAACCUACCAAAACAUUCAGGAUUACACGGAAGCUCUACUCGUGGAAUACAACCCCAACAAACUCUCGUAUCGAGAUAUUCUCCAGGAAUGGAGUGGCAUGGAUUAUCCCUUUGUGCAGCAAAAGACGCAAUACCGAUCGGCCAUUUUUGCUCUCAACGACGAACAAUUGGCUCAAGCACAAGACUUUGUGUCGGAAUUGGAGGAACGAUACAAAGAAAAAGGUCCCAUCUUUGUGGAUGUGGAACCCGUCACCAAGUUUUAUCGUGGCGAAGAGUACCACCAGGACUUUUUGGCCAAGCAAAAGUCGGGACGUUCCUUGAGAAUGUUCUAG